AUGAAGGCGAAUUUUACUGCAUUAAGUGAUUUUUCUCCCACUCACUUUCACUUUUUCUCUUUAACUUGUUCUGCUAAUAAAAUUUACCAUUCCUUUAAUAAAAUACGACCCAAAAUAUACCUAUUAGGAAAUCUUUUGUCAUUCAAAAUCCUAGUUAAACAUCCUCUCCGUUACAUUAAAAUACACAUAAAUUUCCCAUUGAAUUCAGUUUUCAGAAUGCCUAACACAUUUGACACUAUAAAAGAUAUUUCUUUACAAAAGGGUUCGAAUUUAAAAUAG